UCUGAUUCUAACACAAAGUUAAAAGGGACUUUUUCUGUUUUUAUCCCAAAUGAUAUUGACAUCUGGUCCAGAAAAAUUUUAUUUUUAUUUUUUAGUUAAUAAAAAAAAUUUAAUUGUGGACCCGGUUUACUAAUCCCGGCUUUUGAUCCCAUCUGUCUGAGUUCAAAGGUCGCCAGACUUUGUUGUCACCAGUCUUUUACUUGGAGAAUAACAAUGCUUCUUCUGAUCCCAUAUUGCGCUCUUCCCUAUUAAUUUCACGCUCUAAUUACCACCUUUUUUAACGUUGAAGCCUCAAAAGAUUGGAUUUUGGGACUUUUGAUUAGAUGGGUUUGUUGGAAUUGGUUCGUUCUAUUGAUUGGGAGCAAGAAUCUUACCCCAAGUAUGAAGAUUUUCUGGCACUUCCUUUAUUUGCCAUAUUCUUUCCAACUGUCCGAUUCUUUCUGGAUAGAUUUAUAUUUGAGAAAGUGGGUAGAAGGUUAAUAUUUGGGAAAGGACAGUUGACGCAUGCCAAUUUGACAGAUGAGCAAAGAAAGAAAAUCAGAAAAUUCAAAGAGUCAGCAUGGAAAUGUAUUUACUACCUUUCAGCGGAGAUUUUUGCACUUUCUGUAACAUACAAUGAGCCAUGGUUCACAAACACAAAAUACUAUUGGGUAGGGCCUGGGGAUCAGGUCUGGCCUGUCCAAAUGUACAAGUCAAAGCUCAAGGCCCUCUACAUGUAUACUGGUGGAUUUUACACAUACUCCAUUUUUGCCCUCGUAUUUUGGGAGACAAGGCGCUCUGACUUUGGAGUUUCAAUGGGUCAUCAUGUUGCAACUGCCAUUCUCAUUGGAUUAUCUUACAUUUGGAGGUUUGCUCGUGUGGGUUCAAUUGUUUUAGCUCUUCAUGAUGCUAGUGAUGUUUUUCUGGAAAUAGGAAAGAUGUCCAAGUAUAGCGGUGCAGAAGCUGUGGCCAGCUUCUCAUUUAUCCUUUUUGUUCUGUCCUGGGUAGUUCUUCGUCUUACUUACUACCCUUUCUGGGUGCUCUGGAGCACAAGGUAUUCCGCUCUAAUUUCUGAAUGAUACUUUGGACUUCAUAAUUUUGAAGAUUGCCUGAGAAUCAUUAUAAACUGUGGCUCAUUUUCUAUCAUCCGUGUACAGACCUUAAAACUGAUAAGUUCGGAAGUUGCAAUGUUUUGUUGUUCUUUGAUGAACUCUGGCAACAAAAGAAGUAGGAUUUUUUGGGAUAACUUGUAUUUGGAUAAUUUUUUAUUACUUUCUGUUAAAUGAUGUUUUUCUGCUUUUUUGCAUGUACAAGCAACUUGUUUAGAUGCAUAUGACUUAAUCUGUAUUAAAUGCAAGUGGUGUGUUUCAUGUUUGAUGCAAUGUAAUUUCUGAUUUCAUAUACCAAGUGUUAAGUAGUUAUGUGGCAUUAGGUUGUUUUACUGUGGAAUAAUAUAUUGGUCAUCUUCUAUUGGGAAAUUAAAAAUUAUGUACACUAAUUCAAGUUACCUUUUGUACUUAGUAUUUUACUGGGACUCUUUUUUCGUACCCAUGAGAAGUGUGAACGAAUGUGUUGGCGUUUGAACAGAAUAUUCUUGGGUGAAUAAAACUUUCAUCAAGCCUUCGAAAUUGUACACUCCAUGUUUUGGUAGAAACGUAGUGUGAAUUAAUUUGUCUCAUCUCUUUUGCAUGCUUAAUUCAAUGAAAAAAUCUGCUUCAAAUAGUGCAAUGGAUGUGUAGUUGCAUUUUCUGUUUUAGUUCCUAAUGUUUGAUUUUGAUUUUUUUUUUUUUUAAACUGUUUUGACGACAAC